GGCCACAAGAAGAGGAGGAGGAGGAUCAUCAUGGCCACGGACUGUUCCUCGCCCCAAGGCCUUCGGAGGAGUCCCACGGGGCUCGAACGGUGUCCCCUGUGCAACCAGAGGAGCCAGAACUACUACUGCAAGGAAUGCGUCAGGAAUGGCACCUUCUACCACUCCAGGAUGCGGCUGCCGGAGAGGUACGCGGACAAGCGCCUUCGGUACCUACGCCUUCGAAGGGAGACGGAGGCGCUGCAGGUGGAGGUGGAGAACGCUCACGACCACAAGACCCGACACCUCCUGCUGAGAGAGAAAACAGCUGAGGUGAGAGACAGAGUGAGACUUCUCCAGCUCGUCCUUCAAGAGUCUAAGGAGAACUUGGUCAAAGUGAGGACGGAGACGCUGGAGGUGGCCAAGGAAAACAAGGACCGCCGCGCUCACCUUCCAGUUUUUCAGGACAGACUCAAAAGACUUCUCGGAAUCAUCUCUCAGUACCAGAAGAAGAUUGCCGAGAAGUCCGAUAUUUUGAGUCUGAACGAGCGGAGAUUGAAGUGUCUUGCGAGGUGGAGCAUUCAGGAGGCACACCGCUACAUCUUCCCCAUCACGGAGAUCAAGCCGCCGGAGAGCAGCGAGAGUGACACCAGCAGCACAGCCUGGGCGUUGGCCGAGGCUCUUCAGACGACCUAUGUCCGAGGGCGCUGGAUAUAUACGGAUGCCUCCCACGAAACGCAGUACAGGGUGGUCGAGCCUCUGCUGCCUGGCUCGGGUGACUACAGCGCCUAUAACAUGGCUGUCCUGACCAGUGGCGGCGGCGUUGGUGGCAGCAGUGGUGGAGGCAGUGGCGGGGGAGGCGAGGAUGGCGGGGCGGCGGCCAAGGAGGAGAGGGGGGGAGGGUACAACAUAUGUGCCGGCCUGACCUACCUGGCACAGCUUGUUAGUGUGUUGGCAUUCUACCUGGACAUGACCCUGCCCAAGAAACUCUGCUACAGUGACUUCUGCAAGAGUGAGCUCAGCGAGCAGCAGUUUGCCCGGCGCGUGGCACACCUCAACGCCAACGCCCUGUACCUGUGCCUGUCCCAGGGGGUGCCGCCCUCCCUCCUGCGGCCCUCGCACACCGUGGCCAACGUGCUGGCACUCCUGGACUCCACCGUGGCGGACCUUGGCAGGCAAGGCAGCUUUGAGAUUCCCUCCGUCCUGGUGGAGAGCCUGGAGGAGGAAAUGGAGGGAAUGGAGGAAGGAGGAGGAUGGUCGGACACGGAGGACGAGGAGGACACGGACACACUGUCGGCCGAGUGGGAAACGGUCCCUCAUCUCCCCCCACUGGACAGCACCACCACCCACCCCCUCCUCCUUCCCCCCUCCCAGCCCCCCACCCACCAGGCCCCCUCCACCUUCGCCUCCACCACCGCCACCUUCUACUCGCAGGCGAUGGGGGGGCUCGGGGGGGGCGCUGGGGGGGCGGCUGGGGGUGGUGGCGCGGGGGGGUUGGUCACCUCUGCGGCGGCCUCGGUCAUGUCGCUUUUUAGGGGCCUGGGCGGAGGUCAUCAUAAGUGAGAGAGAGAGAGAGAGAGAGAGAGAGAGAGAGGGGGG